UAUUGAGUAACUGUCACUCUGUGUGCAUUUAUUUUAACCGGUUAACUGUGAAAUUUAGUUUUAAAAAUCCCUCACAGGAUGUGAUGUAAUUAAAAUCAAGCAACGACGAGUAUACACGCCGUAUAUUAUAAAUUUAACAGUUUAAGUGCUAUUAUGAAUUUAAUAAUUGAUGGUUCAUUUAACUGCGUUCGACGUGUAUACACGUCAAUCCAAAACUUUAUUUUGGUGCGGUUUUAUCAAUAAAACUCUUUGGUAAAGUACACAAACAAAUUCAGAAAAUAUCAGAUGCAUUGGGCAAAAAAUAUUCAAUUCGCAAAAAGUAAUACAUUGUAUGGGGAAUAUCCGAUAUACCAAAGUAAAAUUCAUAUGACAGAAACAACUAAUGAUAUUGCUUAAAUAGGAGAAAUUAUGUGUAAUCUUCUAACAUCAGCUAUGGAGACUAAAGUAACUAGUAAGACCAGCAGUUUGAAAGCUCUUUUGCUACGGGCAUGGAGAGAACGUUGGAGUGAUUUACAAUGGGGCAUCAAUAUCAAAACUAUUCUGCCAAGAGGUGUUAGCGGAGAUGUAUAUAAUUUAGCAGAUUGUAUAUUACAACAGGCACUAGUAGGACUUGGACCAAAUCAAUUAGUACUUUCAUAUUUAAAACAUUCUUUAAGUUCUCAGUUGGUUUCCUAUGCUGCUGUAUUGCAACGGAUAAGCAAAUAUGAUGCCUUUCACAAGCCUCAUUGUAUUCUAAGUCUCCUAGAAUUUUUAGAAUCUAUUCAAGUAGGAAUAACAUGUCGUGGUAAACCUGAGGAGGAUCUCUUGGCUGCUGCAGUAUUAUCCAUAGUACAUUGGUUGUUACAGUGUUAUUUACACACUCUGACAAAAAUGCCACAGAACAGUCCAUUAACUCCGCAGCCAACAGAAUUGAUGGACAAACCUGCCAGUAUAUUGAAACAGAUGCUCAGCUCUGAUUUUCUCUGUGCUAUGAUGUAUUUAGCAAAGUACGACGACAAAGACUUGUAUAUAGAAGUAGUAAAGAAGUGUCAGGAGAUUGAAGCACUAUUAAAAACUAGUAGUCUCAAGUCCUCUGUUCCGAUAGAGGAAUCUUUGAAAAAAUUGUGCAAUUUGGAAGUUGAUUGUCUAACACUGUCACCAGAGAUGUCACAGAUGGAGUCUAUAACUCACUGUUUGCAACCUUUAUUCGCAGUUCAGGUAUUACAAAAUCCCAGUACAGAGACGUCUGUAUUUGUUAAUCAGAUGUUGAUGGUCCAAAGACUUAAGAAUUAUACAAAUGCGAGAUUGUACUGCGAGAUAAUUCGUGCGUGUUUGAUGUGUUUGCACAAUGUUACCAGUACGUUCAAAGAAUCGCAAUGGGGUGCUUUCACGUUUCUAAAGGUGCCUCUUAUUUUGAAAGAGUUACACGCGGUGCACACAAACGGGGACGAUAAAUUAGAAUACUCGCAAGAUAUUCUAGAUGCGUUUGAAUUAUUACUACAAUUUACUCCGCUCCUGGAUAUAGUGGACACUGCAUGCUCUUGCAACAGCGUAGAGUGUUUGUUAAACGCACUGCAGAAAGUUAAUUUAGUUACAGAAAAACAAACUAAACAAUUAAGCAGCAGAAGAGAGGGUGUUACCGCGACGUUACAGAAAUUAGAAUCCUCCACGUCCACGUCUUCCAUUCCUAAAGUGAUCGUACGCGCAGAGCCAACUUUAUCUGGAAUUUUGAAAACUCUCAAUGCCGAUUACACAAAAAUUCACGAGGCUUUACUUAGUAUGUUGUAUCAAGUUCUGACUGGCAAGAGUUUCGAACUAAUGUUGGCGGUAGCUACCGUGGAGGGAAAGUUAAAAACAUUUGUUACCAAAUUAAUUAAGUUCAAUGAAUGUAGCAAGCAAAUCAACGAACCUGUGCCACCAAAGACUGCAGCAACUAGGGCAAUGUUAUUUGAUAUAUCGUUCCUUAUGUUGUGUUCUAUAGUGCAAACUUAUGGGUCUGAUGCGGUUUUAGAAGAAGGAGAAGGAGACUCUUUUUUUGAACAGUGGGUACGCGAGUGCAUGCCCGAACGAAAUCAACCAAAGUCACCUCAAAAAAUGUUGCAAAACGUCGAUCCUGUAAGAGUGGAUGCAUUGUUAGCACAAAUUAAUUCUCCGGACUCUGAUUUGAAAUCUAGCAAUAUAAAAUGGCAUAUCGCGUGUCAGUCGGCUAUGGGAGCUGUGAAAGAGCUUCUUUGUGCAUGGGAGAGUGACGUACUUGGAGCUAGUGACGUUAAAAGAGCUCUAGAUGGUUUGCGUACAACUGCAUGUUGUUUGCCAGUUUGCGCGGCAGCCUGGCUUUGCGCAUAUAUGAGUAUUACUCAUCAAGAUGCACUUUUAAAACCUCUGAACAUGGUUCAACAUUUCCUAACACCACUUCCUGGAGAUGAGGUCCAAGACAAUCUUAAGGAACGAUUGAAUUUUAGAUCAAGCUUGAUGUCUCAAAUCAUUCGUAAAAUGCAGUACGAUGUUCAUCCUCCUACACAAUCGAAAACGAAGGUGCUCUCGAUGUCUCAUAGCAUUAUAUCAAGACAGCCUAUAUUGGAGCAAUUGGAAAAUGAAUGGGGGAAUAUAAAUCAGCGAGGAUGGAUAAAUAUUCAGGCAACGCAGUCUUUGGAAUCUUUGUUAAAUACCGGUGGUUCCUUAUGGUUCGUCACGAAUAUCGUAAAAGAAGUGUUAAAGUAUCGUUAUCAGGAAGAGUUGGACCAAGCAGUAGAUUUAGCGUUCUCCAUUUUUCAUCUCGAUAUCGAGAAUUGUACAUUAGAUCUCAUCAAUUAUAUCAUUCCACAGUAUUUAUAUAACUCAUUACAGAGCGAAGAACUCGUAGAACCACAGUCCUCAGUGUUAGCGAAGUUAUGCGUGUACUGUAUAUUUUCUACGUUAGAACAUAAUAAUUCAAAUCCAUCCCGUGGGAGCAGUAGGAAACGAGUGCGUCGGGAUCUAGAUGCGGAGGAACUCGAUGCUCUUGGCGUGCCAGCAAACAAAAUUUUGCGACUGAACGAGACAGGAGAUUCGAAUCCUAUCUUCGGCUCGCAAAGUCCGCAAGCUCAAGGACCUACCAACGGCCAAAAGUCAAUUGUGCUGAGGGACCCUCUUCUGUCAGCAUUAAAUGGAUUGUUUACAAUAUUCACUUUUCUAGCUGGCAGAGAUGGCGAAGUAUCUCAACAGACUCACUUUAUACUUCAAUUUUUACGUCUGAUGGUACAAUGUGGAAAAGAUAGGACACGUAUCGUGUUGCAAGGAAUGCCACAAACAUUGGUACCUUGUCUGCUAAAGGCAUUGCCCGAAUUAUUCACCACUGAUAUUCUGUUAAGAUUUUACGAUAUUCAAACAGCAGUUGGGCGAAAAGCAACUGCGCGUGACUUGUGUAUGUUAAGAAAUAUCAAUCUCAAGCCUUCAAAGUAAUUUUGGCUGGAUGUUUGAUUUAUUAAAGAAAGAAGUAUGAAGGUAAAGUGUAAAAAACUGAGGUACCAAAUGAGAUAUCAAUAUUAUUUUGAAAUAUACUAAUUUAAUAA